CGGGGAGCGGCGGGGCCGGGCUCCGCCACCCCCAGCGCCGCAGCGGCUCCGCGCAUCCUCUGCCCAUGCCGGGAGCCGGGCUGUGUGGGGACUGAGCAGCGAUGGGGCCCCUGCGGGAGAGCGGCAAGGAGCAGAAGGCGCAGCUGGAGAAGGAGGCGGCCCGCAGCCGCAUCCCCCGCUUGGUGCUCCGGCCGCAGCAGAAGGCAUCCCCGGCUUCCGAGUCGCCCUUUUCGGAGGAGGAGAGCCGGGAGUUCAACCCGCCCAGCUCCUCCGUGGGCUCCGGCAGGACCCUCAGCAGCAACAGCUUCUGCUCAGAUGACACUGGCUGUCCUAGUAGCCAGUCAGUAUCUCCAGUUAAGACUCCUUCUGAUGCUGGAAACAGUCCAAUCAGUUUUUGCACUGGUAGCGAUGGGGACUUCUCCAGGAAGAAAUUCAGUCCAGGAACAAUAAGUGAAGGGAACUUGCAGCUGGCUCGAUAUAAGAAGGAGACAAAGACAAGCCUUGUAAAGCCUGGGAGUGAAGCCGAUUUUAGCUCUUCAAGCAGCUCAGCAAGUAUUUCAGCGCCUAAAGUCCAUAUGUCUGCUGCUGGAAGCAAAAGAUCUUUUUCUCGCAACCGUGGCCCUUAUGCUCGGAAUAAUGGAUCAUUAUCCAACAAAUCUGGAGCCAGCCCACCUGCUUCUCGUGAGAAGGACCCUUUGCCAACACUGUGCAAAAAACAGUUAAGUCCUGCUAACAUCUAUCAGAGUUACAAGGCUUCUUCGGCCAGCAGCAGCAAUUCAGACUCAUACAGAGGAAGCAACUGCAGCCCAGUGAUGAGGCGAUCAGGGAGACUAAGUUCUUGUGACAAUCACAUCCUUAAGCCACAAAAUGCAGAGCAGUAUUUGACUCCUCUGCAGCAGAAAGAAGUUACAGUACGGCACUUGAAAACAAAGCUGAAGGAAUCUGAGAACAAACUUCAGGAAAGGGAAACAGAAAUAGCAGAGCUCAAAGCUCAGCUGGUAAGGAUGAGAGAAGACUGGAUUGAAGAAGAGUGCACUCGUGUGGAAGCAGAGCUAGCCUUGCAGGAAGCACGAAGUGAAAUUAAACAACUCAAGGAGGUUAUUGAAACCAUGCAAACCAGCUUGGCGGAGAGAGACAGAAAAAUUGAGAAAUAUUGCAUAGACAUAAACGUUCAAAACAAGAAAUUGGAAUCUUUGCUGCAGACCAUGGAGAUGGCUCAGGAUGAGCAGUGCCUGGACUACAGGUGUGACCCAGAGGAGAAGCCAUCACCAUUGUGUGCCACAAUGCCAGACAGCAUCGUUACAGGGGACCGAGCUCUGGAGGAGGUGACAGAUAGUGGCCUGCUUCCUAGUGAGGAAAUAACUAACGGGACUGAUUUAUCUGAAGAGGGUUUGAUCACCACAGCUUCUGAUUUCAGUGAUCCAGCUCCCUUCAGUUCUGCUGCGAAGACAGAGAUGUUUGAAAAAUCUCUGGAUGAAAACCUAGCUUCUUUACAGAAGGAGGAGAAAAGUGGUAGCAACAUAAUGGUGGAAAAGGCUGUCCAGACCGAUGUGGUGCUAUAUAGCCUAGAUGUAGAGCAGCACAUUCAAAACAUCAUCGGAGCUCAAGGUGACAGCUCCCUAAGCCAACCUUCUUCAUUGAAGGAAUUGAAUGAGUUGUCUUGUCAAAGCUUCAGCGAUUCUGGCAUCGUAGUGGACUUAACUUCAAGUGACCCCUAUUCUGCCAUACUUUUGUCUACAGAGAAGUCUCCAUGCAAGAAUGUGGAGCACAGAGAGCAUGAAAAUUGUUUUGUGAAAGAACUGGAUUUUACAGAACCUUGUGAUAAUGAAACCUUUGGGCAUGUCUGUACUGUGUCUGAGACAGGAAUAGAGAGGAGAUAUUGGAGCAGCAGUCUCCUGAGAGAUGUUCUGGCUGUGGCAGCCCCUGUGGUACCAACUAUCAUAUGGGCUUUCAGUACCCAGAGACGAGCAACAAAUCCCAUUUACGGUAUUGGAACUCUGCUGCGUGGUUGCUGCCUGGUGGCCCUCCAUUCUUUGCGCCAUACACCCUUCAAUAUGAAAAGCUAAAUGAGACAGAUCAUAGGAAGUUGUAUAUUCUGGUAGAGUCCAUCAUUUGCUUUUAACUAUUUGAUUUGCACUAUAAGUUGGUUCAAAAACGUGUUCCUUGUUUCAAAGUUUAAAAAAAACUGUAGUUCCACAAGAUGUUUUUAACUGGUGUUUUAAAAGUACUGCUGCCUAUGGAAAUAGCCCUCCUGCUCCUAGGCACUGCGAUCCUUCCCUGGGCUGAUGUCUUUCUGGUGCCAGUGCAUCUGCACAGUGAAACAUGACCAGGGAAAUGAAGGAGAAUUACAGAUAGCAUUCUUUCGUGCUUAUUUAUUUGCUGAGAUAGUAUCAAACUCGGCUUCCCUGAGCGGUUCACUGAGCAAAUGUACAAGCACUUUGCACUGGCACAAGGGUAGUGCAGGGUGUGCCAGGGAGCAAAUGGCCAGAGAAAGUUGGGGUGUUUCUUUAGGCAGCGCUAACCUAAACCAAACAUUUGUGACACUACAGUGUUAAGUGACACAAAGGCUUUUUCCCACAUGUACGCCAGAAAGCAUGCUAGAGCUUUCCGUUUGUUGUCUGAAGUGUCAAUUCAAUUUCGAGAUAAAACCCAUAUUCCCCAGGCAGCUUCCAGCACAUUGUUUAUGCCUGUCUUGCGUGGUGCUCUUCUCAAUCAUACAACUGCUUGAGCGUUUCACUGGUCUUGUGUGCAUAUGGGGGCUGUAACCAAAAAUAUACAUUGUGGGGAGUCUUGAAACGUCUUACAUUGAUAAGUAUAGGCGUGGAUACAGUUUGAAUAUUAAUGUUGUUUUGAAGUCUGAUAGUCUUUUAAGCUCUUUGAAAUAUAAAUGUAUUGUGUUUUAACUUAUUGUUUAUUUAAUUGUUUUAUUUUAAUUUACCUUUGUUAUCACAAGUUC